UGCAACCCUGCGCUAGGGCCGGGGACCCUUGGCCAGCUCCAGCCCCAGCCGGAGCCACAGCCUUGUCCAGCGGUGGGAUGCUGGCCAAGCCCACCUGCUCUGGUCAGCUAGGCUCCGGAGGGUGGGAGGGUCGCUGCUGAACUCCAGCCGCUGGGCCUUGCAACUGAAGAUUUCCUAGCGGUCCCUUGCGACUCAGGCCUUGACUUAGAGAUGUCUUCCUGAGCAUCUCGGAGCAAGACAGGAGAGACCAGCCCAAACCAGGCCAGGCAUGGCUGAGGAGAGUCUCAUCUCAUCUGAGAGAUGGCUUCAACUGCAUGGCCUGAAGAGCAAGAAGCUGACCUUGAAGCAGAUCCUAUCGCAGAUCGGAUUCCCACAGUGCGAAGAUUAUGUAACUUCCUUGAGGAGACUCGUGGCUUCUCGGUACGCAGAUGGCCUGUUCCCACAGCUCUACACAGCAGAAGAUGGCAGGCUAUACAAUCUGACAGCCAAGUCGGAGCUGAUCUACCAGUUUGUGGAUUGUUUAACGCGAGCCGUGGAGAGCUAUAAGCAGCGCAUGGGCUGGCUCACCAGCAGGAGCCGGCAGAUCUUUGGUGUCAUCUUGGGACAGAGCAUCACCAUAGUACUGGAUCUCAGUGACAUUCUGACAGAGGAGCUUAAUCUGUGCCAGGAUGCUCUGACCAUGGUCCUCCAGGAGCAGGUGGCCCUCAUCACCAAGUUCAACAUCAUAUGGGUUUCCGAAGAGCCAGUGAAAUGGCAGGAGUGUGCCACCAUAGUGACUGAGCACUCCAUAGCUGCUGCCGUCAGUUGGGUUGAGAAAAUGAUGUUUAGGCCAAUGGCUGUGGGAGAGGUUAGCUGCCUGGAUGCCCUGCUGGAGGCUGGGAAAGACGGAACUAUUGAAGCCAUUUACUACUUUGUGGUGGGGAAAGUUCCCGAGGAGUCCCAGGAGCUUCUUCUCCAGAGGGCUUUGGAGAUCCCAUAUCCAGUCUGCACAGUGUCCUUCAAUGCCAGAGGAGAAAAGACCGUAGCUUUCCUGAAAGAGCUGAGUGCCAAGACUCACAGCAGAUCCCACGUCUUUGCUGAGAGAACAGACUGUCUAGAGUUCUCUGCAUUUUCCACAGAGGAGGUUGACAGCUCAAUGACGUGGAAUUCAAGGAAACUGAAAGGGAGAGUCCCGCCAGGGGCUGGUGUCAGAGAGGAUGUGUUUCUCAUUUGGAGAGAAAUGGAAGAAGCCUGCAGCACGCUGGCUCAGAUCCAGAGGCUGGUGGACAAGUCUACGCCUCAGGCAAAUUGCAGUAGGGCCAGGUGCCGAGCAAUGCCUGCUGAGAGUGAGGACAAUGUAGAAGACACCUGGAACUCUCAGGAGUGGCUCCAGAAAUACGGCUUGCAGGCUCAGAAGCUGACCUUCUAUGACGUCCUGGCUGACUGCUCCUUCCGCCACGCCGAUGGUCUUGUCGAUAUAAAAGCCAAACCAGAAAAUGAAUCUGUACAGACUAGUGCGGACACCAAUAAAAAGACAAUCCAUGCCAAAUACUGCAGCAAAUUCAUCCAUGUCCCCUGGAAGGAUGGGAGUUUAGUCCACGUCAACAUUACCAAGGAGAAAUGCAGGUGGUACAGUGAGAGAAUUCACACAGCCCUGGCCAGGAUCCAAAGGAGGAUUAAGUGGCUACAGGAUGGGAGUAAAGUCCUCUUCGGGAAAGUGCGUGGCGACUGCGUCUAUGUCCUCAUCGACACAUCUCACUCGAUGAAGAGCAAACUGGACCUGGUGAAGGACAAGAUCAUUCGGUUCAUCCAGGAACAGCUGAGAUACAAGAGCAAAUUCAAUUUUGUGACGUUUGAUGGUCAGGCAAUUGCUUGGCGGGAAAAACUUGCUGAAAUCAAUGAAGAUAAUUUGGAGAAAGCUCAGUCGUGGGUUAGAGACAUUAAGGUUGGAAGUUCCACAAAUACCCUGAAUGCCCUGAAGAUUGCGUUCGCUGAUAAAGAAACAGAAGCAAUCUACCUUUUGACAGAUGGGAGGCCUGACCAGCCGCCAGAAAUGGUGAUGGACCAUGUCAAGCUCUUUCAGAAUAUUCCUAUCUGUGCCGUCUCCUUCAAUUACAAUGAUGAAGCUGCGAAUGUGUUUUUGAAGGAGCUUGCCGCUUUGACCGGAGGGGAGUUCCGCGCAUAUGACUUUGGUUGCAAGGAUCCCAUCCUGCAGGAUAUUCAGGACGAAGAUCUGACCCUCUUACUUCAGGAGAUGCAGCGGGGCUACAGCGACCUGGAGAAGAUGCAGGGCCUCUACUCCGAGUCCUUAGCCUUGGACUGGUGGUACAACGGGGGAAAGGAGUGGGACAGCAAACAUCAAAAGGAAAUCUCCUCGAUGGUCUCAACUCCAGAGUGGUACGGAAGCUCUCAGCCUGAUGAUGCUGACUCAAUGGCCUCUUCACCCCCGUGGAAGCUUUUGGAUGAAAAGACACAGAGAAAGAAACCCCUCCAUGCAGAAUCGACCAAAACAAGCCUGCUCAGAAGCCACCUGUCCGCCUUCAGGACCUGCAGUACCAGGAAGCAGAGCUCCAACCCCAGUGGCUGUUUUCCUGCUCUGAGUGACAGAGAAAUGAACAUCCUGCUGAUUAACAAGUACCUAGCUGACAAGAUGUCAGAAAGGCUCACUGGGAGCAGAAGCCAAGCCAGCGACCACAGCUCUUUGGACAAAUCCUCCGAGAAGUGGCUGCAAAGCCACAGCUUGGUGGCCAAGAAACUCACCAUCAUGGACGCCUUGGCUGGAACCACAGUGCCGCACAGCUCCACCUAUGUUCCCAUCCUGAACAAGCAUGUUGUCUCCAAGGUCUUUGAUGAGGUAUUUCCUCUAGCACACGUGUGCAAUGACACCAAUAAGAUAUUGGUCAACCCCCAGGGAAUCAACCUCAAUAUCUACAAGCAAAAUGUGGAAAUGGCCAUUAAGUCCUAUGAAAAACGUUUAAAUAAAAUUGUCUGGCAAGCUCUGUCUCAAGAGGAAAAAGAGAAGUUGGAUGCAAUCAAGCCCAUACAGUACUUGGAAAACAAAGCAGUUUUAAACAAAGCCCUGGAACGGCUCAAUUGGCCCAUUUCGUUGAAAGAGCUAUCGCUGCUGGAAAAUGAAAUCUUGGUUGGGAAAAUGUACAUCCAGCAAGCCAUGGAACUGCAGGAGGCUGCCAGGAAGAACAGCACCAGCAAGGCGCUGGAGGAGCAACAGAAAUUACAAGCAUAUCCAACAAAGCAAAUGAAAUCAAGAAAAAUAGAUUACCUGAAGGGCCAGAAGGUCAUUGCCAGAUGUGAGGAGAACGGCUUCUAUUUCCCAGGGGUUGUGAAGAAGUGUGUGAGUGCCACUCACGCACUGAUAGACUUCAGGUACGGAGACACCAAGGUCGUGCCCAUCUCCUUCGUCACACCUGUUGGGGGCGCCCUGCCCUGCCCACGACUUCAGGUUGGGGACUAUGUGUUUGCCAAAAUCAUGACAAACAAAGGAUUUGACUUCUAUGUCCCUGCCAUCGUCAUAGCCCUUCCAAAUCAGGGUGUGCCUUCAGAAAAGUUCUACACAGUUCUGAAGUGUAACAACCGCAAAGAAUUUUGCCCUCGGAGCGCACUCAUUAAGAUCAGCCAGAACAAAUACACUCUCUCUUGCUCUCAGAUAAAGUCAGCCCCAGUUGAACAAAAUCAAGCCUUUGAGAAAGAAGUAGAAACAAGUCAUUCUUCCCCGGUCUGGACGGUGAUUGAAGAAGAUGCUGGGGAUUUGAAACAGCGACAAGAGAGCCUUAAAAAAAAGAAAAAGAAGCCCACCAAGAGGUCGCCUCUCCGGGAGAUGUCCUCAGAAUCCGACGGCUCUUCCCGUGGCACCAGAGAAGGCUCUCAGAUCGUGGCCUAGGACGCCGCCAACCUCGCCUCCGCUGGGACACCAGCACCAGGAGCAGCCCUGUCCUGACAGAUUCCAGCCACCCACAGCACAAGGGCCUGAGGACCAGGCGCUGAGGACCCCUAAGGCACCCCCGUGGCAGCUAAUUCUAAGCAAGCCACCAUCCUUCAGGGCCGCUUAGAUCCUAGCCUCUGGACGCUGUGGAGCAAGCCUCUCUGCUGAGUCUGUUGUAGGUACCUCUGAGUGCAGAGCCUGAAUAAACCCUUACACUGCAA